AUGGCGGUCCUCGGCAAUCUGCUGCACUGUCUGUCUACGGAUGCACAGGCUCGUGAAGCCGCGGAGCAGCAGCUCCUGGAGCACCAGCAGCGGGAUCCUGCAGGCUUUGCUGCUUCCUGCGCCGCCACCAUGUGCGACGGGAGCCAACCGCCGCAGGCCCGGCAGCUGGCCGCACUUCUCCUGAAGAACACGCUACCAGUUCCCGGCGUGGAGGGCUCCCUGCAGGGCCCGGUGCUGCAGGCUCUGGCUGAUUCAAGCGAUGCGGCACUGCGUCGGGGUGCUGCGCUUUGCGCAGCAAAGCUGGCUUGUAGCAAUUUUGCUGCAGUGGCACCACAGCUCCUCGCCCUUUGCCGUCGACCAGAUGUCACCCCGGAGCUUCUCUCUUGCUUCGGGCAGAUUGCGGAGCAUUGGCAGUGCUCGGGCGCAGGCUUGCUGCCAGGCAGCGCAGAGCUCAUGAAGGCCACGCUGAGCUUCCUCUCACUCACAAAGCCCGCCCCGCUGCGGGGUGCUGCGGCAGAGGCUCUUUCCUUGCUGGUCCCAGUCUCACUGGGCGCCACAAAAGAGGCGGCUGGUGAGGUGUUGGCCGCCACCUUGGCAGCGGGCACCGGCGAAGCCGAGCUUCGCUUGCUGGGCGUGGCUGCCUGCGAGUGCUACGAGGCCCUCGGCACCCCCCAGCUCCAGCAGAUGAUCGAUCUUUGCCGCGGCGCUCUCCGCGGGACUGGCGAGGCCUCGCAAGUGCAAGCCGUGGAGCUCUGGGAGACUUUGGCAGCCUACGAGCUGUACCUGCUGGAUGGCAAGCCAAGCGGGCAGUGUCGAGGUCUUUUGCAGCAGGCUUUGCCCAACUUGAUGCCGCUGUUGCUUGAGGCGCUUCAGGCAAGGCCAAGCACGUGGCAGUCCGGCUCCUGGGAUCCGGAGGAGGACGCCUCACCGGUGCAGGAGGCCGCUUGCGGUGCGGUGAUUACCGUGGCAAAGGUCACGGGAGAUGCCUGUGUUGGCCCGAUCUUGCAGUUUGCCUCAGCCGCCAUGUCCUCCCAGGAUGAGUGGCAGCGGCGAUCCGCGCUGCUUGCCUUCGGCGCUCUCCAGGAUGGACCAAGCACCCAGGCCUUGCGCCCUUUUGUGGCUUCUGCGUUGCCGAAUCUUUUGGAGGCACUGAGAAGCCAUCCCGUGCCUGAAGCUUCUGCUGCUGCCUGGACGUUGGGCAGGGUGCUGGACAAGAACCCAGGAUCUGUGGCAGAUGAAGCUCAGGCUGUGCUCUUCGAUGCUGCGCUGCGUCGACUGCGUGCAGAGGCCGCGCUGGCCGAGGAGCUUUGUUAUUGCCUCGACGGCCUCGUCGACCAGCAGGCCGCCGUCCUCGAGCCGGUUCCUUUCGGCGCAGUGCUGGAAUCGUUGCUGGCCGCGACCCAAAGAGCGCUGCCACAAAGCCGAACUCAGCAUGCUCUGCUGAGCUGCUUGACGGAACUCUUGGGUCGGGCGUCGGAGGAGUGCCUUCCGCAGAUGGAAUCGCUCCUGGACGAAGUACUCAAACAGGCGGAGCUUGAACAAGUUGGCGGGGCGGCAGCCCGGGGUUUGUUUUGCUGCCUGCGAGUGCUCAUCGUUCGCCUGGGUCCGCGAGUCCAGAGCCGUUCUUCGGCAGUUAGCUCACUUUUGGCGCGCCACGGCGCAGCUGGCGAGGAGGAGGCGAUUCGCGCCAUGGGCCACUUGGCUGCUGCCUUGGGUGCCAACUUCGAGGGGACACAGCUUUGGCCGGCCCUGUUGGCGUCCAUUCGCAGGCCAGACAUUCCCGAGGCCUGCCAUGCAUCCCUCGCCGCUCUGGGGGAUGUGGCCAAGGCAUUGGGUGCUGCAUUUGCCCCUGCCGCCGCCGCUGCCGUGGCAUCACUGGCACCGUUGUUGACAGGAGGAAAUUUGCCCAAUGCGCUGCGAGCAACGCGCUGCUUGGGUGCCAUCUUCCAGGCGAUGGGCGGUGCGACGCCACAUCUUGAGGAGUUGCUAACGGCUUUGCAGUCCCUGGCUGGACCUGCCCUCCAGGACCUUGGUGAUGGUCCAGGGGGUAGUGAUGCGGCUGCACCAUCGUCGCUGGGGCGGUGCUACGCACGCCAAGGACCACAGCCACGCCUUCCACGAUCGCACCACGCGCUGCUGGGUGAAGGAAGCCGCGGAAAGGAGCGAGAUCCCAAGAGAGACUUCUUGGAGGCGGUGCUCUUCGCGAUUGAAGCCCUUGUUGUCAGUUGCCAACAGCAAGGUGGGGUCCCGCCAGCCGUUCAGUGCAUUGUGGCAUUUGCCAUUACCAUGCUUCCGACCCUUGGCACGGGGCCUCCAGUGCUGAGAUCCGGUCUGCGGCUGGUGGGCAGGUUGGCCGAGGAGGCCACCGGCGUUCUCCGUCGACUUCUGCUUGAGCGGCCAACGGUCCAAGACCAUUUGCAGAAGUUGCUGGUGCUUGGCGGCAGCUCGCCCAACACGUCGGUGCGAAACGAGGCUUCCAAGAUCCAGAAGUUUCUGAGCGGCUAA